AUGAAAAAUAUCGAUAAGUAUCGAAAAGAUAUCGAUAAGUAUCGAAAAGAUAUCGAUAAGUAUCGAAAAGAUAUAGAUAAGUUUCGAAAAGAUAUCGAAAAGUAUCGAAAAGACAUCGAAAAGUAUCGAAAAGUUAUCGAAAAGUAUCGAAAAGAUAUCGAAAAGUAUCGAAAAGUUAUCGAAAAGUAUCGAAAAGAUAUCGAAAAGUAUCGAAAAGAUAUCGAAAAGUAUCGAAAAGAUAUCGAAAAGUAUCGAAAAGAUAUCGAAAAGUAUCUAUAUAUAUCGAAAAUAUCGAUAUAUAAGUACCGAAAAGAUAUCGAAAAGUACCGAAAAGAUAUCGAAAAGUACCGAAAAGAUAUCGAAAAGUAUCGAAAAGAUAUCGAAAAGUAUCGAAAAGAUAUCGAAAAGUAUCGAAAAGAUAUCAAAAAGUAUCGAUAUAUCGAUAAGUAUCGAAAAGAUAUCGAAAAGUAUCGAUAUAUCGAUAAAAAAGAUAUCGAAAAGUACCGAAAAGAUAUCGAUAAGUACCGGAAUGAUAUCGAAAAGUACCGAAAAGAUAUCGAAAAGUACCGAAAAGAUAUCGAAAAGUACCGAAAAGAUAUCGAAAAGUACCGAAAAGAUAUCGAAAAGUACCGAAAAGAUUUCGAAAAGUACCGAAAAGAUAUCGAAAAGUACCGAAAAGAUAUCGAAAAGUACCGAAAAGAUAUCGAAAAUUACCGAAAAGAUAUCGAAAAGUACCGAAAAGAUAUCGAAAAGUACCGAAAAGAUAUCGAAAAGUACCGAAAAGAUAUCGACAAGUACCGAAAAGAUAUCGACAAGUACCGAAAAGAUAUCGACAAGUACCGAAAAGAUAUCGAAAAGUACCGAAAAGAUAUCGAAAAGUAUCGAAAAGAUAUCGAAAAGUAUCGCAAAGAUAUCGAAAAGUAUCGAAAAGAUAUCGAAAAGUAUCGAUAUAUCGAUAAGUAUCGAUAUAUCGAAAAGUAUCGAAAAGAUAUCGAAAAGUAUCGAUAUAUCGAAAAGUAUCAAUAUGUCGAAAAGUAUCGAUAUAUCGAUAAGUAUCGAUAUAUCGAAAAGUAUAGAUAUAUCGAUAAGUAUCGAAAAGAUAUCGAUAAGUAUCGAAAAGAUAUCGAUAAGUAUCGGAAAGAUAUCGAUAAGUAUCGAAAAGAUAUAGAUAAGUUUCGAAAAGAUAUCGAAAAGUAUCGAAAAGACAUCGAAAAGUAUCGAAAAGUUAUCGAAAAGUAUCGAAAAGAUAUCGAAAAGUAUCGAAAAGUUAUCGAAAAGUAUCGAAAAGAUAUCGAAAAGUAUCGAAAAGAUAUCGAAAAGUAUCGAAAAGAUAUCGAAAAGUAUCGAAAAGAUAUUGAAAAGUAUCGAAAAGAUAUCGAAAAGUAUCUAUAUAUAUCGAAAAUAUCGAUAUAUAAGUACCGAAAAGAUAUCGAAAAGUACCGAAAAGAUAUCGAAAAGUACCGAAAAGAUAUCGAAAAGUAUCGAAAAGAUAUCGAAAAGUAUCGAAAAGUUAUCGAAAAGUAUCGAAACGAUAUCAAAAAGUAUCGAUAUAUCGAUAAGUAUCGAAAAGAUAUUGAAAAGUAUCGAUAUAUCGAUAAUAUCGAUAUAUCGAUAAGUAUUGAUAUAUCCGAUAUAUCGAUAAGUAUCGAUAUAUCGAAAAAUAUCGAAAAGUACCGAAAAGAUAUCCAAAAGUACGGAAAAGGUAUCGAAAAGUACCGAAAAGGUAUCGAAAAGUACCGAAAAUAUAUCGAAAAGUAUCGAAAAGAUAUCGAAAAGUAUCGAAAAAAUAUCGAAAAGUAUCGAAAAGAUAUUGAAAAGUAUCGAAAAGAUAUCGAAAAGUAUCUAUAUAUAAUGAAAAUAUCGAUAUAUAAUGAAAAGUAUCGAAAAGAUAUCGAUAAGUAUCGAAAAGAUAUCGAUAAGUAUCGAAAAGAUAUCGAUAAGUAUCGAAAAGAUAUCGAUAAGUAUCGAAAAGAUAUAGAUAAGUAUCGAAAAGGUAUCGAUAAGUAUCGAAAAGAUAUCGAAAAGUAUCGAAAAGAUAUCGAAAAGUAUCGAAAAGACAUCGAAAAGUAUCGAAAAGAUAUCGAAAAGAUAUCGAAAAGUAUCGAAAAGAUAUCGAAAAGUAUCGAAAAGAUAUCGAAAAGUAUCUAUAUAUAUCGAAAAAAUCGAUAUAUCGAUAAGUACCGAAAAGAUAUCGAAAAGUACCGAAAAGAUAUCGAAAAGUACCGAAAAGAUAUCGAAAAGUACCGAAAAGAUAUCAAAAAGUACCGAAAAGAGAUCGAAAAGUACCGAAAAGAUAUCGAAAAGUACCGAAAAGAUUUCGAAAAGUACCGAAAAGAUAUCGAAAAGUACCGAAAAGAUAUCGAAAAGUACCGAAAAUAUAUCGAAAAGUACCGAAAAGAUAUCGAAAAGUACCGAAAAGAUAUCGAAAAGUACCGAAAAGAUAUCGAAAAGUACCGAAAAGAUAUCGAAAAGUACCGAAAAGAUAUCGACAAGUACCGAAAAGAUAUCGAAAAGUACCGAAAAGAUAUCGAAAAGUAUCGAAAAGAUAUCGAAAAGUAUCGUUAA